AGUCGCCUAGCAACCGGGAGGCUUGCCUUUGGAAGCUUGUUGCAGCUCUAGUCGCGGUCCGGCCCUUUUCCCGCCCCUCCCCUCCCCUCAACUCCCCUCACCUCGGAGCUGCCAAACACCGGGACCGACCUGGGCACCGCGCGGGGCGAACUUCUACCAGCACCGCGCCUUCCUACGUUUUUCCCCCAACUCCUUCUCACAUCCGAAAACCCCACUGGUCCUGACGACACUGUUUUUUGGUAACAACGAGACAGUUUUUUAGGAAGAUGGUGGCAGAGAAGGAGACCCUGAGCUUAAACAAAUGCCCCGACAAGAUGCCGAAGAGGACCAAGCUGCUGGCCCCGCAGCCGCUCCCGGUGCACCAGCCGCACGCUCUGGUGUCUGAGGGCUUCACAGUCAAAGCCAUGAUGAAAAACUCAGUCGUUCGGGGCCCUCCAGCUGCCGGGGCAUUUAAAGAAAGGCCAACCAAGCCCACAGCAUUUCGAAAAUUUUAUGAACGAGGAGACUUCCCAAUCGCCCUUGAGCACGACUCAAAAGGAAACAAAAUCGCCUGGAAGGUAGAAAUUGAGAAGCUGGAUUACCACCAUUAUCUGCCUCUGUUUUUUGAUGGGCUUUGUGAAAUGACAUUUCCCUACGAGUUUUUUGCUCGGCAAGGAAUCCACGACAUGCUGGAACACGGGGGGAGCAAGAUUCUACCUGUCAUUCCACAGCUCAUUAUCCCGAUAAAAAAUGCCUUGAACCUCCGAAAUCGACAGGUCAUCUGCGUCACGCUCAAAGUCCUACAGCACCUGAUCGUGUCGGCUGAGAUGGUGGGCGAGGCGUUGGUGCCCUACUACCGACAAAUCCUCCCCAUCCUGAACAUCUUUAAGAACAUGAAUGUGAACUCCGGAGACGGCAUUGACUACAGCCAGCAGAAGAGGGAGAACAUCGGGGACCUGAUCCAGGAGACCCUGGAGGCCUUCGAGCGCUAUGGAGGGGAGGAUGCUUUCAUCAACAUCAAAUACAUGGUGCCCACCUACGAGUCGUGCUUGCUGAACUGACGGCGGCCUAGGCAGGACAAGAGGAAGGCGUCCUCCUGGGCGGCCAGGGUCUGCGUCUGCCACUUUUGGCAUCAGAUUCCUUGUGACUUCUUACAGCUGGUAAAAUAGUGGCUUCUGGGCCAUUGGACUGUUAGCCCUAUUGAGAGCAAGGCUUUCCAAUACAUAAAUAGUGCCUGUUUCUUAGAUUACAAUAGUGUACUGUGCUUAUUUGUUCUACGAGAAGAAUUGCUGCUUUCUAUGGCUCGGAUGGAGGCAGGAGUCCGAGUUAAACCUUCAGUUGUAUGGACAAUAAAGCUAUAAUUUUCAUACGCAAUUCAGCAAUUGCUGUGCUGUGUCUGCCUGCCCUGAGGAUGAUGUCAGGGGCCGUGAGGGGAGAGUUUGUGCUGACCACUUAAUAGGUGUUUGUCAUGGAAGAAAGGCAUCGGUUCAGGCGCGCCUCUCUAGCAGCUGUGCGGAAUAAUGUGCUUUGACAUUCAAUAAAACUGUUGAAUCUA